AUGAAGCUCCAGAGCACGACGUUGCCGGCACGAAAAAACACGAAUGGCGCGAGUGAAGACGCAACGGGUGAGCUAUCAGCUCAAUACAAGAAGCCGCUCGCAGAAAGGGCCCCCGAGGCAAAGCGAAUGAUGCUUUCCAUGAAUGGAUCCCUCAAUAAAUUUCAUAACAUCCUCACCGCCAUACAACAAACCGAGCUAGCUCAUCGCAAGGAGCUGAAAUCAAUCGAGGAUAAGAUGCAGACGGAGCAGGCGCUUAUUCGGCGUCUCGCAGAUCAUCUCGGUGAUGCAGCAGACCACGAGGUUGAUUGCGCCUCCAUCGAUGAGGCAAACGCGAAGAUACGGGGACUACAAAGUCACAAGGUCCGCGAAGCGGCAGAGCUCAAGCAGUCUAGUGUCGAACGGGAGGAUCUGGAAGGCUUGCUGUCAUCUCAUCAAGAUGCGGUGACCGAGGCUAUACUAAAGUUCCAGGAGCGUGCGCAGGGCCAACCUGAGCAGAAGCGGCAUCAGCCUGAGAGUCGCAAGCGUAACGCCGCUGGCACCAUCAAAGCCACCGGCUCACGUCCUGCUAUCUCGCGCACCGCGAGCGGCACUCACACGAAGGACGUUUCCGCAAGUUCGGACGACAGCGACAUAGUCCCCUCAUCUUCGCGUUCAGCUUCGGACGACUCGGGAAGCGACUUGCUCUAA